UUUUUGUCCUUAAACUCUGCAACACUUCAUCACUACUCUCCCCACUUUACCUCCCUACAUUAUUUCUUUCCCUCCUGCAAAAAUCCCUGCUUUCAAUCCCAUUUCCCAUUCCCACCAUUGUUUAAUCACUACCCUUUUCUUCCAACUAGCUUUGCUUUCUUUCUCCAACCUCUUUUCCUUUGGUUUUUCCUACUCAGAUUCCUUGUAAAGCAAAACCCUUUUCUCUUCUCAGAAGUGAAAAUGGUGAAGCGGCUUUGUUGCUCUGGGUGGUUGGUUUUUAGUAGCUGUCUACUGCUAGCAGCUCUUGUUUCCUCCAAGCACCAUGGAAACCCUGCAAAUGAUCUUGUUGAGAUUAUCAACAACAAUCGAACGUCUCACAAGCUUUCCAAACUAAAUGACAGUCCUGGACUUGGGUGUAUGGCUCUGCAAUUUGCUAAGUCAUGCAAGGGAAACUGUAGUAGGAAUGGCACUAUCAACUGUACGCCAUCUGAAGACGACUUCACCGAAGUGUUUGCCCCAAAUUGUGGCGUUGAGCUACCCACUUUCGGCACCAUAACUGGACACAUUGUGGGUUGUCACUCCAAGUAUCUAGAACCAUCAUUAGCUUUUGUAAAUGUUCUUGUUGGAAACAACAAGGCUUUGUCAAUUCUUCGGAAUAAGUCACAUAAUGAGGUGGGAGUAGGUAUGGUUGGGGUUCACAAAGGGCCCUUCUUUUGGACUGUGCUCUUCAGUAGUGGGAAGACAAACUCUACAUUUGUUCUAGAAAAUCGGGGUGCGGGGAUUCAGCAGAAGAAAGGUUGCUAUAGUGGAAGCAGCAUCCCUUGCAGUGCAGGACAAAAUAUUAAAGCUGAUUCUGUGAUUUUCAACAAUGUUAUGAUCAUAGGUUUUCUUUGUGCUCAUCUUCUGCAAAAGUUGUACUUCAACUUAUUAUGAUAAUUUGAAAUGUUUCACUAGACAAUGCUCAAAUGUUUGUUACUAGUUUACCCCUUGGGUAUAGUGAGGGAUAGUUAGACAAAAAGUUUUUGAUCCACAAUGUAUGUUUCUGCUUUUGUCCUUCAUAUUCUUCUUCGAUUUUCAUGUCAGUUUGUGGAGGUAUAGACCCUAAAAGGUUCGAAUCGCCUAACUUCAAUCUAUUUAUUCUGCAACUUUGCAAAGCACGUAUCAGCUUUAGAUAAUCU